AUCAAAUUAAGAUUUAUGAAUACGACAAGUUUACGAAAAAGUCGGAAUUUUCAUUUCGAAAUGACUUGCGGAUAAAAUUCAUCAAAUGGAUGCCACAUGAUGACAAACUACUUGUUAUCUUACACACUGAUAUCAUCUGUAUUCUAUCCGUCAUCUGUGAAGCAAAUGCGCUCAAACUCAUUCGACAUUAUGAGCCAUUAAAAGCUAGAGAAAAGUUUUUAAGAAAGUCUAAUAACAAAAUUGAAAUGUUGAAUUACGUUUGUGAUGAAUCUUCAAUGGCAGAUGAUGACGACAAGAUAAUAAAGUCAGUUAUACAAGAUUAUCAAAACGGAAUCAUCACGGAUGUUUCAUUUCACUCGAAUGGAUAUGCUUUCUGUGUGACAUUUUUGGACAAUACCAUAAUGCUGUGUUCGGCAAUGUUAUGGGAUGUAAGACGAGUCUUUGCUUAUCCUGAUUUUCACAUAAAACAAUGUCAGUUCAUAUCGUAUUGGAAUGGUAAUAAUAAUAUCAGCAGCAAUAAUUACAAUUCAUCUAAUGUGUUGUUGACUCUAACAUCAAAUAACGAUCAAAUGAUGUUGACAAGCUUGAGUGACCUGAAUUCAAGAAUGUUAAUUGAUAUGCAUAAUGUAGUCAGCUUUGUGCUCUCAACAAAUGGCAAAUUGUUGAUAAACUUGCAUCAUUCUGGUGACUUGCUCGUUUACAAUUUAGAAAAUCAUCUGAGUGCUCUAAACAAAAAGAUCGUGACCGAUACAAAAGUUAAUCACAAUGCAUUUAAUGACGAGCAGAAAAACAACCGUGAGGGACUCGUGGAUAUUCAAAUGAAGAUGAAAAAAGCAAUGCCAAAAGCUCGUCUGCUUCCAAUACUGAAAGAGUUUGGUGAAUAUCCAGAGAAGUUUCGUCCAAUCAUGUGGAAGACACUACUUAAAUUGCCUGAAAAUUGUGAGUCUUUUGCCAUUUUAUUAAAAAAAGACUUGUAUCCGAGCGUUCGAGUAUGUAUGUCAAAUUACGAUAAACGACCAUCGUCGUUAGAUGACCAGAAGACACUGAAUAAUCUGAAGCAUAUUAUGUCGUGUUUAUUUCAUUGGUCAAAAGUAUUUGAAAAUGUGGCAUAUUUAGCAAAGUUCAUAUUUCCAUUCGUAAAAUUGAGUAAAGGAGACUUGAUAUUUAGCUUUGAACUUAUUGCAACACUUAUGCUCAACCACUGCCAAUUGUGGUUUGAAUUUCUACCCCUGCAAAUGCCAUACAAUUAUCUGAAUCUUAUCGAGAAUGUUCUAAUGGAAAUGGAUCAUAAAUUAUACGAAUUUUAUAAAUCAAAGGACAUAACAAGUGAACAUUACGCAUUGCCAUUAAUGCAGAGUGCUUUUUCUGAGGUUUUGGAUGAGCAAACAUGGCCUCAAUUGUGGGAUCAUAUUGUGUCAAAUGAACCAUGCUUCCUCAUUUUUAUAAUUGUCGCAUAUAAUUCAAUCCAUAGGUCAAUGAUAAUGAAAAUGAAAGACAUCGAUAACAUCGUGACUAUAUUUCAUGAACAGAACUGCAUAAAUUUCAAGAAACUCAUGAAAAAAUCCUAUACAUUCAUGAGAAAAUGUCCAUUGAACAUUCAUCCGAAACAAUAUAUGGCAUCCUUUACUCCGCUAUCUCAUGGCAUGUACCAGAAAUUCGAGCAUUACCAAAAAAAUUUAAUUAACGUUGACGUGACAGAGCUAAAUACUCUUCGUGAGGAGCAAAAAGUUCUUGAUUGUAAGCUUGCCGAAUUGGAUAAAUAUGAGAAAUCAAUUGAUGCACGUUUGGAAAGCUUUUUGAUUGAUGAGGAAUAUCAAAAGAGAAUGAAAGAAAUUGAGUCACAGUACGAGAAAGCACUCGACGAAGAGGAACAACGAAUUAUUUACCAAAGGAAGCUUUUACUGUUAAAUACCAGGAAGACAUACGAAAAGGAAAUUGAGAGUCUGAUUCAAAUCAAAAACACUUUCCUUCAGAAUCAAAUUGGUGCAAGUAAGAAGGAUUUGGAAUUGAUGUUGAACAAAUAUGAAAAGCAGCGGAUACGAGAAGAUAUCGAAAUGCAAAUGACAGAGGAAAAUUUAAAGCUGAAAGAAAUUGCAGUACAAAUGAAAGCUCUUAAUGUUCGAGAUAACAGCAGGAAGCAUGUUUCACUAGAUGAAACGUACAAAGACAGUGUGGAGAAAUUAGAAGAACAACAUAAGAAGUUCAUGGAUGAAUUGAGUCAGCUUGAAACAUUCACGCCGCCAUACCAUAAUUCUGAGACUGAAACAUCGAUAACGACAACCACGUCAUCUCAAAACUCGUCCCAUUCUGAAAUUGACGUUGUUGAACGAGCACUUUACGAGAUUCAAGAUGAAUUUAAUAAUUUGGUAGGAAAAGAUGGAAACAAAGCUGAUUAUAAGUGGAAUAUGAAGAAGCUCGAAGGAGAGGUGGAAAAGCUGGAACAUGAAAUUAAUUUUCUUUUGGCAGACCUUAAAGCAUACUGAUGCUUUGGCUUGAUAUAACUUUAAAUUAAUAAACUUUUUUGUGUGAGCUUAACACAAAAUUUAAUAAUAAUUGAAAUGUUAAGUACGUUUGUGGAAGUCUUCAUGUUUCGUGUGUAUUUUAAAGAAAAGUUU